AUGGCCAAAAAAGACGCCAAGGGAGGAAAGGGGAAAGCGAAGGAUACCUCGGACGCCGAUGACAAGGGCAAAGGAGGCAAAGGCUUGAAGGCUGCCACCUCGAUCAAUGUCCGACACAUUCUAUGUGAAAAACAUUCCAAAAAAGAAGAAGCCCUAGAAAAGCUCCGCAAUGGGUCCAAGUUUGACGAAGUAGCUCGAGAGCUCUCGGAAGACAAGGCUAGACAAGGAGGAUCGCUAGGCUGGAAGGUUCGAGGCAGUCUGCACGGUGACUUUGAAAAGGUGGCAUAUGAUCUCGAGCCUAGUACGACGGCGAGUCCAAAUUACGCUGAGGUCAAGACUAGUUUUGGCAUGUCAUCCAACAUGGCUCUGCUGGGGCCCUCCCUGACCUCACAGGCCAGGGCAGCCGAAUUGAACGCUGCAAACGCGGCGCGAGCGAGAAUCAUGAGCGGCGAACUGAGUGAUAUGAGCGAAUUGCCGUCUGCCCAGCCAGUCUCCCUUGGCGAUUUUACAAUACGCAGCCAGACAAACAACAAGGGCUCCAAGUCUUGGAAGCCCUUUCCCCAGGAGGACAGAGCGAAUGAGCAAGCUUCUGGAACUGGAGAGGCCUUCAGACGCCCUCAUCGCCCUGUUGAUCGUUACUUUCCGCCAAAUGCUUCCCCAAGCCCUGCAUAUCACCAGACGCAGCUCAGGAGCCCGUCUCUUCCUUAUUAUGGUCAUGGCGCUGCCUCAUAUCAAAUUCCAGACUAUCAGUAUCCAAUGUAUCAGGGAAUGAAUUACUACCAGCAAAUGUAUCCUGGCCAGAUGGGCUACUACCCCAUGAUGCCUGCAAUGCCUACCAACUAUCCAAUGAUGCGAAGUCCUUCACCUGGAAAGAGCCUAAACAGGAGACGACAAAACAGAUCAAGAAAUCGCUUUGCGCUGCAUGAUAUGAGUCCCACCAAGCAGCAAGAGAAAACAAUGUGCUCAAAAUUAGCUGAAUAUGAAGUUGACAAGAAACAAGGCAACGAGCAGCAAAUCAAGGAGUACAAUUUGCCAUACUCUGGUUCCGACACACCCUUGAAAAGAAUCGCACUCGAGUGUAAGGAGUUGAGUCACCCAAAAUCUGAAGAGGAUUCCCAUGAUUUGGUUCAAGAUACUCAACAAUUUCAGCAUCAAGAUCCACCAUCUACCCCUGAGCAAGUGAUAUGCCGUCCCGAGCAAGAGAUUUCAGUCAAGGAUCAGCCUCAGACACCUCGACACGAUCAAGCCCCAGACUCCCCUCAGAUGGACUUUCUAGGAUCUGACAAUGCAGAAGAAAAAUUUUACAGUCCAUCUCAGCCGUUGUCUCAGAGUCCUAGCUCUCAUCUGGAAUUUUCGCCUCAAUCUAUCCUGCAUACUAAUUCGCCUAAACUUGCAGCACCGCCGCCAAAAUUUUCAUUGGCCGACGCAAAUAUUUCAUCUGAAAGAACUUCUGAAGAGCAUCAUUCUCUUUCUAAAGCUCGCGAUGGAAAUUCUUCAAUGACAAUAGCUAGACCUGGGCAUAUCGGACCACCUAGUAUAGGGGAUGAUAGUCGGGAAAUGAGGAAAUUUUCGCUAGAUGAUACAGAAAUUCAUGACGAAAGUGCCGAACUUAACUCGUUCUUAAAUGGUGUUCCAAAGACCUCCUCUCGCCCCGAAAGAGACAUUUUUGAUCUCGAAGACCCCUUCGCACCGGAACCGAAUGAUGGCGUUCCUAGUCAACCACGAUCGCCAUCUCACCAGCGUGAUCGCUCUUCUGUCAAACCGUAUGCACCACUGGUAAACAAAUACGAGAAAGACAUCUUUGCUUCCGAAGAGAGCCGCGAGAAAGAACUAGCCAAUAUUUCCACCGAGGCAACAUGGAAAGAUUUUCAGCAGGGACCGAAAAGGAUCAGAGUGCCAGGGUCUAGACUCGCUCAACUUUUUGAGAACAUUCUAUUGACAGAGAGAAAAGAUGUCAAAGGUGAAAUCUCAAAAAGGUCACGCCCUCCCCCGGGUCUUGAUUUCUCCGGCUUUGGUCCGCCGGCUCCAUGGAUUUCCAGUGCAUCCCAUACCGGGGUUUACUACGAAAGAGUGUUAGAAGCCGAGGACUGGUUUCAUCAGGGCAAUAAUCUACAAGAUGAUUUACCUCCUGAGUUUGGACAAAGACUUAGUCAUGAGUUGGACAAGGUAUUGAAUGUCAACAACGAGGAAGCAGGGGCAGUGCAGGCUUGCGAUAUGUUUAAAAGAGUCAUGGGAAACUUGUACUCUUACUCGCGCACAUACAAGAGUGGAAAACAGACCUGCAAAAGCCUCGGCUUUGCUGACCUGGACCCUGUCAGUGACUCGUGCUGUGAACCACGAUAUGGUGGCCGGCGCAGCUUUUUCGACAAUGACCCGUGUGCUCGGCAAUGGCGAUUGCAGACGACACGUUUUGCGUCGGAUUUCAUGCUCAGUGUGCAACGUCAAUCUACUCUGACUCGUGAUCACAGUAGCUCUAGUGAUUCUCUGUCUUGA